GAUGAGCCUGACUUGUUUCUGCACAAAGGUCUCAUCAAGUCUGUGGCUGGCCCAGGGAUCCGGAGGUCGACGUCCACUUGCUGCUCUAAACUUAAACUGCAGGCUCCGUUAUGGGUCGCCUUGAUGGAAAGGUCAUCGUCGUGACAGCUGCCGCUCAGGGGAUUGGCCGGGCCGCUGCCUUAGCUUUUGCAAGAGAAGGUGCCAAAGUCAUCGCCACGGAUAUCAAUGAGUCCAAACUUCAGGAACUUGAAGAGUGCCCCGGUAUUCAAAUUCGGACCCUUGAUGUCACAAAGAAAAAACAAAUUGACCAGUUUGCCAGUGAAAUUGAGAGACUUGAUGUUCUCUUUAAUGUUGCUGGUUUUGUCCAUCACGGAACCAUACUGGACUGCGAGGAGAAAGACUGGGACUUCUCGAUGAAUCUCAAUGUCCGCAGCAUGUACUUGAUGAUCAAGGCAUUUCUUCCUAAAAUGCUUGCACAGAAAUCUGGCAACAUUAUCAACAUGUCGUCUGUCGCUUCUAGCAUCAAAGGAGUUGUGAACAGAUGUGUGUACAGCACAAGCAAGGCAGCUGUGAUUGGCCUCACAAAGUCCUUGGCUGCAGAUUUCAUCCAGCAGGGGAUCAGGUGCAACUGUGUGUGUCCAGGAACGGUUGAUACCCCAUCUCUGCAAGAAAGAAUACAAGCCAGACCAAAUCCCAAAGAGGCACGGAAUGAUUUCCUGAAGAGACAGAAGACUGGAAGAUUUGCAACCGCAGAAGAAAUAGCUCUACUGUGUGUGUAUUUGGCUUCUGAUGAAUCUGCCUACGUAACAGGUAAUCCUGUCAUCAUUGAUGGAGGCUGGAGCUUGUGAUUUUGAUCUCCUUGCUGGGAAGGAAGGCAGGCCUUUCCUGUCCACAGUGAACCUGGUUAUGAAGAAAAUUCACCCAUCAUGUCUUUCCUGUUAAUGGCAUAUUAAUGAAAACAACCCCUUUUAAAUGAUGUCAUUGUUCACGAGAGUCACAUUCUUUAAAUAUAUUAAUCUCUUUCUAACCUCUUCUAAAAUCAUUGUAGGGAGAUGACAUAAAGGAUAAUGAACUCACUGCAAAUGAAUAGUUUUAAAAUAAACAAUUUGCAAGCAUAUAAAAUGAAAAUGUGAAUAUGAAAAAUGGAAGGUUUUUAAGAAAAAGGUAUUAAUUUGUAUUUUACUUCUAUCUCAAAUUAUUCAACUAUUUUGUACAAUUCUGCAUUGGUCUGUACAUGGAUACUAAUUUUAAAAUUUUCACCAUUAUAAAUGACUACAAAGUAGGAAGGAAUUAAGUCAGCUUCAGUAACUUACAUUAAAAGGAGUUUAGAUUCGGAACUAUACUAUGGAUCUGUUAUAUAAAAGAAAAUUAUCAUCAAGAGUUUAUGCUUAAUGGAUGUUAUCACUCAAAAUUUAGUACUGUUUUCUUAGCUUAAGUAAAAAAAAAAUCUUUCUUAAAAUAAGCAAUGAUAAUUAGUAUGAGCCUAAGAAACUUAUGAUGAACUAGCAAUAUUAUCAAUUUGAGUGAUAUUUUUUAGGUUAAGUGUAGAUUUUUUUUUCACCAAAUUCCUAGUUAAUAGUAAAAGGACAUGAAAUUUAGAAACAGUCUCUGGAUAAAUAGAUGUAAGUGAUUCAUAUAGCAGGAAACAAAAUUAAAGAAAAUAAAAUUUUCAAGGGAUAGGUGAAAUAGAUAAAGAGAAUUAAGGAAUACAAACUU